ACACCCUCAUCUACCAUCAGGGAGGGUAGGACAGGAAGACUCCCUUGGCAUCAAGUACAAAAGCAAUGGGGUAAUGGGGAUCCCAGACAUAAGCAUCACCAUCAGUGAACAUUAAAGGAAGAUCCUGGGGUCACUCACAGCUAAAGGGAUGAAAAGAACCAUUCAGCAGCUACAGUGUGGUGAAAGACAGCACUUGCCUCCUACUAUCAAGAAAUCAAACUCCAGUAACAAAGCACGACUCUCAGCAGCCAUCUGGAAUUGCUCCUCACUGUGCUGUGAGCUUAUUUAUAAGGGGACAACCUUUAGCAAAAACUAUCCUAGGAAUCAUUUCUUCAGAGGGAAAUAUUCCCUGAAGAGAGACAGAGAGAGGAAAAACCCCUGACCUCUUGGAAAUUAAAUGGAAGACACAGAAAAGCUUAAAUGGUAACAUUGUAACAUUGCCCCUCCAGUUUCAUUUACAGCUUAAUUGUGACACAUUCUACAUUUGCCACUAACACAACAUAACAACAUAGAAAUUAGAACCACUAGUGCUUAUUUAAGUGGCAAUUGUCCAUGGAUUCUUGUUCUAAAGACUGUUACUAAAACAUCCUGUAAGCCAAUUGCUUCUCCAAAGAGCUCUGCUUCAUCACAAGAUGGUGCCAUUAGGCUAUAAUGAUAAACACUUUGUGUAUGUACAAGACUGUCAGCAACAAGCUACAAACAAUUCGCCUAUACAUCAUUACACAGUUGAUAAACUAAACCAACCUUACAGCCAACCCAUGUGCAAAGAACAAUCCCAAAAUACAGUCACGGCGUCCCCAGCAAGCUUUAACAAGAAGGCCCAGAGGACUCAAGGCUCCUAUCAUAGGGCUAUGAAAUCAUCAUCAUCAUCAUUAUACUCCAAAGGCUCACCAACAGCUUCAAAAGACUCCCUCUUGAAAUGUUCAUCACAUCCCUCUUGGAAAUCCUUGGACUCGUCUUGGUCUCACCACAAAUCUCAGACUUCUACAACUAGCUUUACCAGUACUUCAUCUAUGGAACCUAGCAAAGUAAGUCCGAGAUCAAGGUUACCCCUCCCGAAGACACAGACAUCAUCAGGUAUUGACCUUUGCUGGAAAUCACCUUCAUUGGAGUCUACUCAAAGAGUCUCAACAUCAUCUUCAACUUCCCUCCAACAUCACGAAACACCUUCCCUAAAUAUCAUCUGGACUACACCUUCUUUGGAAUCUAGUCAAAGUGAACAUAACUCACAAUUAUGCAAAUCUAAGCCACAAAAGGAUUCCUCAUUAGACCGCCUUUGGUCAUCUUUAUUAGAGUCCAGUCAAAAAGCAUUGAGCUCACCAUCAUCAUUUACCAACAAACUUCAAAGAAACAGCUUUCCUCCAACUUCAUCUUCUCUUGAAUCCAAUAGAGUGGCUCAGAAUUCAUCAUUAUUUGACUGUAAGCCUCUGAAAAUUCCUGUAUCAAACUCUAAUAACAAUGUUUUUAGUUUACCAUUGUCCCAAGCAAAAUCAAGAAAAUCAGCUCCAUUACCACAUUCUUUCAUGCCAUCUCGGAGUUCAUCAACCUGCCAGCCCAAACCUAAAGUAAUAGCUAGAUGUGACCCUAGCACCCGGGCUGUCAAUGCAACUGUUUGCCACCCCAAGGUCCAGAAUACUGCUUCACUCAGUGACAAACAAAGACCUCGUCAGCUACCAACAAUUCAUCCUAAACCAAAUAUCUCAGGCCAAAGAAUAUCAAGUCCUAAGCCCUGUAUCAAGAACAAAAGUGCUUCAAUUCAGUCUUCCAGACUGCCGAAUAAAUGUAGCUUUGAGAAAAGUAUGAAGUCACAGCCAGAGAAUGAAAUCCUGUGGUCCUUAGAUUAUAGUCAUCCCUGCAUUAUUAAAGGUGGUAGUGUUCCUGUUGAUGUUGUAAAUAAAAUUGUCAAUUCCAUCUCCAAGUCUACAAUCCAGAAGGAUCUCUCUAGGCAAAUUCUCUUUCGGAGAAUGAGAGGAAAGCCAAAUCCUCGUCCGGGUCCCCGCCUUUCAUCAACAUAUUCUGUUUGUUUAGAAUGUGCUUCCGCUAUAAAAUCUCAGUGUAACCAUCUUUCAGGAAAGAGAGAUCCCCGAUGCGCAACACUCUUUGUCAUACCAACACCCGAGAGUGGCACUGAUGGAAAAGCAGACGUGAAAAUAAUCCUUAUCCUCUCUCUACCAGAGACGCCUUCCUCAUCCUGUUUCCAACUUCCUAUGAAAGACAGUCAAUCUGAUAAUAAUUUAGAAGCCAUCGAUGAUAAUCUGGAAGUAUUAGAGAAGAUAACACAGUUUUUCCCUGCAUCUGAAUCUGAUUUUAUCCAGGGGCUGAAGACAAAGCGAAAGUGUUUGGCUGUAUCCUCCGAGAGCAAAGUUAUAAGCCAAGAGCCCCAGUCUAUUGACUGGCUGCUGUACGUUAAAAAUAGUAAUGGUACUCAGUCCCAAACCCAAGUUCAAGGCCCAUCCUCCUCCUCCUCCUCGUCCUGCUCCUCCAUUUCCUCCUCUUCCUCCUCUUCGUCUACUGGACAUCCCUCUCCACCCUCUCCUUGCAUAGAUCCCACUCCUGUUCCUGUUUCAGGCUAUGUUCUUGCAAAGGUGAGAAGUUACCACCGGCUACCUCCAGGGACCUCCUGGCUUGAGUUCAUAAGGGGUUCAAAUUCUGACACCACCAAACUCAGACAAUCACCAUCAGUCAAAAACAAGCCUGUGAGGUCUCACAACUCGAAAUCCUUGAAAAAGGGGAGAAGGGAAACCAGCGCACUGCUCAGAUAUUUCCAAACAAAGUUUCAAAAUGAGAAAUCCUGAUUAAAUCAACUUUCUGUCUCUUUGAAA